AUGAGGGCGAAGGUUGGAGCAAAUAUGGAGCUGAAGUUCUUGAACAAGAAGGGAUGGCAUACCGGCAGCUUAAGGAACAUAGAGAACGUCUGGAAAGCAGAGCAGAAACACAAUGCCGAGCAGAAGAAGAGGCAAGAGCGAUUGGAAUUCCUGUACGAUUCAGGACUGUCCGUGGGGAAAGUAAGCGCCAGUGCUUCUUCUGUCGCCGGAGUAGCAUUCAAGGAACUCGAAGAAGCUCUUCCUGGCGGCAGCAAGACUUCGGAGGGAGUUGUUCCUCCUUCGUCUUCUUCAGCUGCUGCUGCACCAGGAGCUUUGUUUGAGGACAAGCCUCAUUCCGCCAAUGACGCCUGGAGAAAACUUCAUUCUGAUCCGUUGCUUAUGAUUCGCCAGGGUGAGCAAGAAGCUCUCGCCCGCAUCAAGAACAACCCUGUCCAAAUGGCUCUCAUUCGCAAAUCGGUUCAAGCAGAUGGAGAGAACGAGAAGUGUCGUGACAAAAAGGAACUCGGGAAGAAACACCGUCAUGGUGAUGGAAAGCACAGCAGACGUUCAUCAUCUCAGCAAAAACCGGAUUCAGAAGAUGAAGAUGAUGAGACAGACCGAGUUAGGAAGAGGAAUUCUAAUAAACACAAGAGCUCAAAGAAACAUGAGGAUCCGGCCUUAGACGGUGAAUCUAAUGGAAGAGAAAGCUGGAGAAGUAGGAAUGAUAGCUCUAGGGGUCUGAGAGACAGGAAUCAUUCUACUCCUGGUCGGUUCUCUGACAGAAACCAGCAUGAAGAACAAGACUACGAGCGGCCAAAGAGUGAUAAUAAGAGGUAUUCUGAUGAUCGGCCUGUUCAAAGAGAAAGAGUGGACCAUGAUUCUUAUCGGAACAAGUGGAGGAACCGAGCUCCGAAGCUGUCAGAAGAAGAAAGAGCAGCGAAGCUACGGGAGAUGCAGAUGGACGCUGAGAUCCACGAAGCACAGAGGUGGAAGCGUCUGAAGAAAGCCGAGGAGGAGGACGUAAAGGAAGAUACUCGGGCCAAGCAAUCUCACAGCGUGAAGAACUUCUUGGAUGUCGCUCAGAAGAGUGUUUAUGGUGCGGAGAAGGGUGGAAGCACUACCAUUGAAGAGAGUGUACGCCGCCGAGCUUAUUACUCGCAGGGAAGGUCGGAGGCAAGCAGCGGAAAUGCGUUUCGGCGAUGA